AUGAAAUUUUAUGAUAAUGUCACAAAUCAUUUUCCUGACGAAUUAGUUAUAUAUGUUGUCAGAGUACCAUUAUAUGAUGAUCCUCCAUUUGAAUAUGAAUUUUUUGUUCAAAUUGCUCAAUCAUUUCCAAAAAAAUCAAAGAAUGUCCAUACUCAAGAUUUAUCAAUUAUUGAAUAUCCUCAUCAUUAUCAAGCUCAAUAUGAUUAUGUCGAGCAAUUUCUAAUUAAUACAGAAAUAUGUUCGUCGAAUAAUAUCCAUCUUUGUGUUAAUUAUGAAGCACAGGAGAGAAUUACAGAAAAUUUUACAAGACAUGCAACACGAAUAAAUUGUGCUAAACUGUGUUAUUUACAUUUUAUUUGGUCAAUAUAA